UCACUUAUAUUCGCCCCUGCAAAUAAGAGCUUCCGGAGCGUGACGUAAUGCGGAAGGACUAGCAGCGCCAGAAGACCGUGUGUGAGCAGGCCGCGUCCUACCUGCAGCGAGAAUAACGACAGUCAUGGAUAGAGUAAGGUCGGCGUUCAACAGCCUGAUUCAAAGUGAGCGGUACAGCAGGUUCACUCUGCAGCGAGCGGAGGACGGGGAGACACACAUUGAGGUCAAGCUGUCGGAGGACGGCUCGGAGGAGAGCAGAGAGGAGGGCCAGGCAGAAGGCUCGCCGAGGUUCAGGCCCGAGCCGCGGCGUCACAGCCGCCGUCACCUGUGUUACCUGGCUAUUGGAUUCCUGCUGAUAUUACUCACUGGUUACCUGGUUGGCUACGUAAGCCACCGUAAACCUUGGGUGAAGCCUGUGACCUGUGACAAAGAAACACAGACAGGAGAAGAUGAGUUGGAGGGGACAUCAGAGGAUGUUGAACCGCCUCCAGAACCUCAGUUGGACUGGAAGAGCAUCACCCAACUCCUGACACAGAAGCUCACCAGCCAGAACUUUGAGAAGACCUUAAGGGACUUUAAUGUGAGCAGGCGUUUAGCGGGAAGUGAAGAGGACACAGCUCUGGCUAAUCGCAUCUUUAGGGGUUUUCAGAAUUUGGACAUGGAUCCCUGGACUGACAUCCACUAUGUUCAGCUGCAGACGCCAGACAGCAAGCGUCCAAACCGCAUUACUUUUGGUUCAGAGGCCUUUGAACCCACAGGGUAUCUGGCCUAUAGUGCCACUGGGAGCGUUCAGGGCACGUUGGUGUAUGGAAACUAUGGCCGUCGGGAAGAUCUGGACUUUCUGCAGCACAGCAACAUUGACCUGAACGGUUGCGUGCUGCUGCUCCGAUGUGGAAAGAUCAGUUUUGCAGAGCAGGUGAAUAACGCUGCAACAAAGGGAGCAGCUGCUGUUCUCAUUUACCCUGAUCCUGCAGAUUACAAGUAUAUUUCAGAGACAGUGCUUUAUGGACAUGUCCAUAUGGGAUCAGGUGACCCUUACACACCUGGAUUUCCUUCCUUCAACCAUACUCAGUUCCCCCCAACUCGGUCAUCUGGUCUUCCCAACAUUCCAGCCCAGACAAUUACAGCCAUCAUGGCUUCGACUCUGCUACAGAAAAUUGGUGGCCCUGAACCAGACGCAAGCAGCGGCUUUAAAGGUGAUUUCCAGUCAAACUCUUACAGACUGGGUGGCACCAAGAACAUCACUGUGGAGGUGAACAAUGUGCUGGUGAACAAGGAGCUCCACAACGUGUUUGGAGUCAUCAAAGGAUUCACGGAUCCUGAUCGCUACAUUGUCCUGGGAGCUCAGAGAGACGCCUGGGUUAACGGCUAUGCCAGAGCUGCUGUCGGCACCUCUGUGCUGAUGGAGUUGGCCAAAGCUGUUCACGAGAUGGUGGAGAACGAUGGAUUCAGGCCAAGGAGAAGCCUGGUGUUUGCCAGCUGGAGCGCUGGAGAUUUUGGAAGUGUUGGCGCCACCGAGUGGCUGGAGGCCUAUAUGUCGUCUAUUGACAAACGUGUUUUCACCUACAUCAGCCUGGAUGGUGUUGUCAUGGGUCGUGGCAGCUUCAUGGCCUCAGCGAGUCCAAUGCUCUACAGCCUCAUUGAGAGCACAAUGAAAGAGGUAGGAAGCCCCUUCGAUUCAGGCUCUUUGUACGAUGUGAUGGCAAAGAAAGAUUGGGAAGCAAACGUAAUGAGGCCAAUGACCCUGGAUGAUCCUGCUUAUCCCUUCCUGGCCUUCGCUGGGAUUCCCUCCAUCUCCUUUCACUUCAUCUCUCCUAAUGCUGAGUACUACCCUUACUACGGCACCAUACUAGACAACGCGGACCACCUUGACUACCAAACCAACUAUCGCACAAGUGAAAUGGUGGCGGUGGCGGCUCAGUUCGCUGGACAGAUGGCAGUGAGACUGGUCCACGACCACAUGCUCAGGCUGGAUGUGAGCCGCUACAGCGGAAUUAUCCUCAAGGCUGUGUCCACAGUCUACAAACGCAUCAACCAGCUCGUCCAGUCUGGUAGGCUAACGAACGUGAGUCCCAACUGGCUGAGCCAAGCACGAGGCUCCUUCCAUCGAGCUGCAGGCGGCAUCAACACAGACAUCAUCAACACUGACCUCAGUGACAAGGAGGCCGUUCGCAUUCUCAAUGACAGGAUCAUGAGAGUGGAGCAUGCCCUCCUCUCUCCGUACGUGUCCCCCAUUGAGACUCCCUACCGCCACCUCCUGCUGGGCCGGGGCCCCCACACGCUGGCAUCCAUCGCUGAGACCACAGACAUGGAGCAGCUCCGCAUCCAGCUGGCCCUGGCCACCUGGAACCUGCAGGGCUGUGCCAACAGCAUGGUGGGAGACAUCUGGGAUAUUGACAAUGAAAUCUAGGAGGGGUGGGUGGCUGCCGAGAUGCGAGUGUCUGUGUUGUGUGCCUGUGUUUGUGUUUGAAAUUCGUUUUUUCUGUUUUGGUGAGUCGAAGCUCUAGUCUCAGCACAAGCUGUCAGUCGGAGUUCCCCGGCAUGUAAGUACAGGCCUAUGAUUAAUUGCUUUGUGAGGAUCACUCUGACACGUGAAACCAGUCCAAGCCUUCAUAGUGACCUCUUACAUCAAACACUGGAAAAGCGUCUUUAUAUAUUUAUUUAUCAGUGGCAGUGUCCACUAUAAAGUUGUCUUUCUACGCGACGUUAUCGGAAGCAGUGCCUUCCAUAAUUAUGACGGUUAUACUGUCUGACUCAACAGCAGCAUCUGCUACAGAAGUGACUCCUGAACUGUUGCUCACCCAUGAAAAGGUUAGAUUUGGUUUCUUGCAUUUACUUCUGACAUGAUUGAGAAAGUUUGCACAAUUAUUUUAAAUCAAGUCAGCUAGUUUUAUUCAAAAGUAUCUGGCACUUUUCUGCUGAAAUUUUAAUGUAUAUAUUGCACCCCAAGGCCAAGACAAACUGUGUUUAAUCUGAUUUUAUUCUGCAUUUCAUGGCAGGAUUCCUACUAAAUUAGUCUCCUCCAUUUAUCUCAUUUGCUCAAUUAUUUACAUAAUUUGCAAAAAGGCCAUUUAAGUUGCACAGUUUACGUUGGAGCAGUUAAUAUGGAAAAGCUAUCGGGAGCAGAGCCUUCCAUAGUUAAAACUCAUUAUCGGGAGCAGUGUUUCCCAUAAUGCCAAGCAGUGACGGUAGUUUUUGUCUACCAGUGUAUGUGACUGUGUGUUUUACAAUGCAUGUGUGUUUAUCGAGAGCAGUGUCUCUCAUACUUCACUUUAAUAGUGGAACAACUUAUCGGGGACAGUGUUUCCCAGAGUUUAUACAUGAAAUAUUUUGAUAAUUAUGACAUUGGUUUCCCUGUCUUCCAGUAUGCGUGUAUGUGUGUCUGCAUUUGUUACCAGCAUCAUUUUUUUUUUCUGUUUGUGCCUAUAAAUCUGACUGUGGCAUUAUCGCAGCCCCAACAGGAUUUCCAUCACAGGAUGAGGUGGGACAUGUUCACUGGGCUUGUGUGAUUUAACUCUUGUUAGUAAUUAUUAUUUUAUAAUGCUGUAAUAGACAUUCAGCAGAGCCAUAAGAGUAUAGAACAGCCAAAACCCUGUUUUUAUUGUAGUUCAUUCUAAUCCACCCGCACCCACUUACAAAUAUUUUAAGGACCUUUUCUGAACUUGCCUGACGGUCAUCAGGUUUUCUUUGGCAUUAAUCUGCUUUUGUUCUCAGCUUUAAUCAUUUUUAUCAUUUUUUUAAUUGUUUUUACUGCCUCCAAAGGUAUAGCUGGUGUACAGUAAAAGCAGCUAUGUUCACCUGUUGUAAGAUAUACAUACACACUCCAGACUGGAUUCAAAUCACUGAGAAUGUCCCACCUCCCCCAGAGAAAUACAUUCAGGUCAUUUUUUGUUUUACAUCUUUAAAUAUACUGUACAUGUCGUAAAUGUCGUAGAUUUAGUUUCUUCAUUGUCGUGGCAUAAAAUUACACAGAUGCUUAACUACAUACUGUACGAAUUGACUCCUAAACAGCCCCGCAUGUGUCCUAAUCACACCUUUUACUGCAUGUUAACUCAGCAGAGCACAUUAACAGGUACAACCAAUAUGUUACACAAAGUACUUCAGCUGCUUAAUAAUUAAUUUAAUCCGUUGAAUUCAACCAAUGCUUCUAAAACAGCAUUAGAGGGAGUAUAAUGGAAUAAAAAGCCUGGAUGUGCUGAAACAAAUGUACAGUAGCGCGGAAACAACAGGAAGAUCUGCUUCAAGUUAAAUAUUAACACAAGCUAUUGUUGUUUUGCCUUUAUUUCAAUAAUUGGACCACAUUCUGUUGAUUACUGGACUGUUUUAUUUAGUUUUAUUUGUCACGAGAAAUAAAAGUAAACUAUCAAACCUUUUUUAAAAGCAUGAAUUGUCAAGUCACUGUGCUACUGAAUUUACUGUGUCAUUAUAAUUGUUUGUUUCAAAAUACACGUAAUAAAACCUUUAGCAUCCA